AUGGGGCGUUGAAGUCUUCUCCGUCUUGAAGAAUGUAUGUUCUUGCUUGAUUCCUUUCAGCUCUCUGCCUUUACGUCGGCACUGGAUCAGACUAUUGUAGCCACUGCAAUCCCCACGAUAACAGCUGAAUUGAACUCAGCUGCAGGCUAUGUAUGGAUUGGCGGGGGGUAUCAGCUUGCAAACGCUGCGGCAGGUCCAAUAUGGGCAAAGGUAUCAGAUAUAUGGGGCCGUAAACCCAUUAUUUUGGCAGCUGUAGCGCUAUUCUUUGCUUCCUCUAUUAUUUGUGCCGAGGCCGUCGAUAUGAAGAUGCUCAUUAUCGGGCGUUCUCUUCAGGGAACUGCGGGGGGUGGUAUAUCUCAACUUGUCAUGAUCACGAUCUCAGACUUGUUCAGCGUGAGGAAACGACCCCUCUACUUUGGCCUUUUCGAGGUGGCUUGGGCCGUCGCUGGAGGCGUGGGGCCUGUUCUGGGAGGUAUACUUACACAGAAGUUGUCCUGGCGAUGGGCUUUUUGGAUAAAUCUCCCUAUCUCUGGAACGACAUUUCUCCUAUUGCUCUUCUUUAUGGAUGUUCAUAAUCCGAAAACUGCCGUAGUCGAAGGUUUCAAAGCCAUUGACUGGGCUGGAAGUCUCUCUAUCCUCGCAAUGACCCUCAUGGUGCUCCUGGGACUGGAGUUUGGAGGAGCUACAUUCCCAUGGAAAUCUCCACAAGUUCUCUGCCUUAUAAUCAUUGGCGGUUUGAUAUCCGGGCUAUUCAUCUUUAGUGAAAAGCGACUUGCUCGAUACCCCCUUAUGCCCCUCGACCUGUUUAAAAAUAAAUCCAAUGUGGCUUGCCUUGUGUUGUGCUUUAUGCAUGGGAUAGACUAUAUGGCAGGCGAGUACUACCUCCCUCUGUACUUUCAGUCUGCCCUUGAAGCAUCGCCUCUUCGGUCUGGUAUUUUAGUCCUCCCAAUUACUGUCGCAGAAGCAUUAACCGGGAUGGCUUUGGGAGUUGUCAUUCAUCGCACAGGUCGAUACCUGGAGUUCCUAUACAUUGGAGUUGUUAUCAUGACACUUGGAAAUGGCCUCUAUAUCCUCUUCUCGGCCCAUACACCGGUCAGUCAAAUCGUCGGGUUUCAAAUCGUUACUGGACUAGGUCAGGGAAUGCUUUUUGAGGCCCCGCUCAUCGCUAUUCAAGCGCUUGUCUCUCAAGAUGACACGGCGACAGCAACUUCUACCUUCGGGUUCAUUCGCAAUAUUUCAACUGCUCUCGCCGUCGUCUGUUGUGGUGUAAUAUUUCAAAACUCCAUGGACACCCGAGUUGCGAAGCUAUCAUUGCCUCCGAUCAAUCUGUCCCCUAAUAUCACAGACGCGUUGACCGGGGGGCAUGCAGCUGCAAAUGUCAUGAUCAUCAAGGAUAUUCAUGAUGCGGCUCAGAAACUUGCGGUGAAAGAGGCCUUUGCAUGGAGUAUGAGAAAUAUGUGGAUAUUCACCACUUGUAUUGCUGCGGUUGCGAUUGUGGCAAGUGCGUUUAUCAGAAAGGCCGUUCUGAGUACGCAUCAUGUGGAGACGAAGACGGGCCUCAAAGAGAAGGACAAGGCUGUGGUUCUACCUGCAUCCUGAGCAGGACGGCUUAGGCUGGGAGAGGGGAAGAGGGCCAUGGAGCAAAGGAAGGUAGAGGGUAGGGGAAAAGGAGGAAAGGGGAAGAGGGGAAGAGGUGCAUCGUACUAAUAGAUGCCCUGAGAACUUUAUGUUCAUAGGUGCUGAUGGUAUAAUCAUGUGCUGGAAAAAAAUUCCCAAUUCGACUUCGAA